UUUUCCAACAGUUUCAAUUUCUCCUUUUUAACGCUGCUCUGUCCCUUGCUGUUGGUGUCGUUCUGAUUGUUUUAGAAAUAAGGCUGACCAAGAACUGGAGCAAGAUGGCAUCUGUGCUCCAAAAUGUAAAGGCAACGAUGGCCUGGCGAAAACACCAGCUCCUAGCUGACUUCGAUGAGAAUGAGAGCCCUGUACCUGACAAAUUCAAGAGAAGGGCUUCCUUCACUUCUCUCAAUUCCAUCUGCAUGUCUUUACGGAAGCGAGUACCAUUAAAGCAGGUACAGCUGAAUGUUCCUAAGACCUCUACUGGAAAACUGAGAGCAAGACAGAAGUGCCAAUCUCUUAUUAAAAGAACAGCAAAAAAUGCUUUUGGAACAGUGUCCCAGAAAAUACAGAAGUCUUGCCAAAGUCCAGUAGACUCAAUGGUGACCUUUCCAGUUGAAUCCAUCAGCAGAAGUUGUUCUACCAAGAAAAGAAGCACUACACCUCGAAGCCCUUGCCAUAAGAAGAGUGUUAUUCCAGCAGCCAAUUCCAAAGGCAGCACAAGAUCCAACAAAAGAGCCUUGCUUGGGCCAGCAUGGGUGUCAGAACAUAGAGAACGAAGGGGUUUCUCAUCCUGGUUUGGUAAAGAUGCUGUCUCUCUCCGGAGAUCAAGAAGAGCAGCAGCACUGAAGAGUCCUUAUUCAUCACCUGCAUCUGCCAGCAGAAAGAUAGAGUUUGACUGCGAGUUGGAGCUGAUCUCCUCAGGGAUUUGCCAGUUGCAGCGUAUCUCCCAAGCAUUUGAUGAUGCCGUUGUGCAAGAGGAGAGGCAACAUGCAGUAUCAACCUACUACUGUCUAAUGGUAAAGUUUGUGCAUCAACCUCAAAGACUUUCUCAAGCUAUCAGAAGGCAAAUGAAGAAACACCAUGCUGCACUUGGUACCUAGAGAUGUAACUACUGUUAGUUUAUGAGCACAUUCAAAGGAGAGCUCUGUAUAGGACUCGAAAGGGUGCAUUCUAUGCAUUGAACAAGGCAUUACAAUUAUGAUCUUUCCUGAUAAGGUAGGUCAGGACUUCCAUUGCUUUCGCUUUUCAAGUGAACAGGAGAAUCAGAGUUGUACAACUGUGUAUUUCUCUUGCUGAGAUGAGGUACCAUCUUGAAUGUGACUUUCAUAAGACAGUAAGUACUUUGAAACCUAUGUUGAACUGACCAGUAGGAAUGGCCAGAGCAAGGGCCACAGACUAAGGAAGGAUGAUCAUAGAUAAUAGUAGUAGACUGAUAUCCAACUGCCAUGAGUUACAAUUGUGAGUACUUUGCAUACUGAAAGUACCGGUUCAUUAUUUUGAAAGCCUAACAUUUUUUUUCUGUAUAUGAACAAACCCAAACCAAAAUGAAACAAUAGUGGCUUGAGUUGUGACCACAACUCCCGUUCCAAGGCAACAGGUUUCUGUGGAGUCACUCACUCACUCCUCAAGAGAGGAGCCACAUUAGGACUCUUAAUUCAUGGCUUUAAGGGUUGUUAUUAGAUAAGCCUGACUAAUCCCAUUUUAUGUAGUUGGGUUUCAGACAAAGCAGAGCAACUGUCAUUUCUUGCUGCUGUUUUAGAUAGCAUAGGGACAGUUAAGCAUUGCUUUUUUACUAUACCAUCUGUCUUAGUUAUAUUCAGAAAUCAAUUACUAUAAUUAAUGUAACCUCUUACAACAGCUGUUAUUGGCUAAUAUCAGAGUGCAUGUAUUUUAUGUGAUGAAGUCUACUAAGCAUUUGAUACCUGUAUUUUGCUUCUAACUGCUUUUAUUUUAUUUUUUUUUUAAGUAACAUUCACUUGACAAGCCUUUUUUGGUAGGUAAUUCAGUUUAAUAAAGUUUAGUCUUUCAAAUGAAAGCAAAGAUUUCUCAAGCUUCUAAAAUUCAUCCCCAGGGCUAUUUCCCAUGGCAGCAGCUUUAGUUUGUCAGAUUACAUUCACUCUUUAGAAGAACCUUAAACCAAAAUACUGAUUUUGGAAACUAUUUGAUACUAUUUGAGAUGCAGAGUUUUAACUGGAACUACUAAAAGGAUUUUAAGUAUAAACAUUGGAAGCAGUCCCUUUCAGUUCUGAUUUACGAGUAAGUACUGAUUUUAAACUUGCUCCUGAGUUUUCUUCUUUAUUGUCAAACUGGUGUGUUUCAAAAUAUUGAAAGAAUAUUUCAAUUAAAGAAACACAAAACCAACUCCAA